AUGGACAUUCCCACUGAUACUGUCAAAGAACGUACGAGGCAUACCAGAGCUUAUAAGAUUCCGGAUAUUGAUGUUUCGGGGUUGAUAUGUUUGAGUUCUCGGUUGAAAGGGGAGGUUCUCCGUGACUUCAAUCAUGAUUAUGGCAAUUUGCUCUCCAUCCUCAAUACAUCUUUCGAUCCAAUGGCUUUGAUCACCCUGUUUCAGUUCUAUGAUCCACAGUUGAGGUGUUUUACAUUUCAGGACUAUCAAUUGGUGCCAACACUCGAGGAGUUUUCUUACAUACUCAACAUCCGAAUCACUGAUGAUGUACCUUUCUUUCGAGUUCCCGAGGUUGUGAGAUUUGAAAAAAUAGCUGAAGCUCUUCACAUGGGUAUAAAGGAGGUGGAAAGAAAUUGGAAAUCAUCGGGCGGUGUUUCUGGUUUCUAUCUUUGCUUUUUGAUCAGUAGGGCUGAGGAUGCGGCUAAGAAGGAGCAGUGGGUUGAUUUUAGUCGUUUGCUUGCUAUCAUGAUUUAUGGUAUUGUCUUAUUCCCCUCAAGAGAGAACUUUGUGAGUUUGGCGGCGACUUGUGUCUUUAUGAACAAAAACCCUGUGCCAACGUUGGUUGCAGAUGCUUAUUUUUCGAUCCAUUCGAGAAGUAAGAAGGGAGGAUAUGUUGUUGGUUCUUGUCUUCCAUUGUUGUAUCAGUGGUUCAUGUUAGAACAAGAUUUGUUCUGA